UUGAGUUGCACACACACACACACACACACACACAAAGAAACACACAAAUGUCUUUUGUGAAGCGAGCAGCCUGCAUUCUAACCAGCCUAAUAAUCUUCUGGCAUUUGUUUUCAGCAGAAGCGGCUACCAGAACAUACUACCUUGGAAUUGUGGAGGAGAACUGGGACUAUGCACCGAGCGGCGAGAAUCUGAUCACAGGACAAAAUCUCACAGAGGAUGAAGAAGCAAUUGUGUAUGUGAGAAGAGGCCCCAACAGGAUAGGCCGCGUUUACAAGAAAGCAAUUUUCAAACAAUUCACAGACGACGCGUACUCCCAGGAGAUCCCCAAACCAUCUUGGCUAGGUUUUCUAGGUCCAGUUCUGAGAGCUGAAGAAAGAGAUACUUUUAUCAUUCAUUUGAAGAACUUUGCUUCCCGGCCUUAUUCUGUACAUCCACACGGAGUCUUCUACGAGAAAGAUUCUGAAGGAGCCCUCUACCAAGAUGGAACAGGUGGCAAAAGCAAAGCCGAUGACUUUGUUCUCCCUGGUUCCAAUUAUACAUAUACAUGGCUGGUUACGGAUGAGAUGGCACCUACAUCGGCAGAUCCAUGGUGCCUGACUUGGAUUUAUCAUUCGCAUAUCGACACGCCAAAAGAUAUCAGCACUGGGUUAAUCGGGCCACUGGUGGUUUGUAAGAAAGGAACAUUAGAUGAUGCUUCAGUGCCAGCAGCCAAUGCCACAAAGAGCUUUGCUCUGCUGUUCAGCAUCAUAGAUGAAAAUCUCAGCUGGUACCUGGAUGAAAAUAUAAAUACUUUCUGCUUGGAACCCAGCACUGUGGAUAAAGAGGACCCGGAUUUCCAAUUGAGCAAUAAGAUGCACGCAAUUAACGGUUAUGUUUUUGGAAACCUCCCUGUCCUGGAGAUGUGCACUGGUGAAUUAGUGUCCUGGCAUUUGUUUGGGAUGGGGACCGAGAUCGAUGUUCACUCUGCACAGUUCUUCGGCCAUACCUUGCUUAACAGAGGCCACAGGAUGGAUGUCAUCAGCCUCUUUCCGGCCACUUUUGUGACAGCAGAAAUGAUGGCAGAGAAUGCUGGGAAGUGGCUUUUGACCUGUCAAGUUGAUCAUCACAUACAAGCUGGUAUGAUGGGAUUCUACAACAUCAAGGCUUGCGGUCAAAACAUUACCGGGCCUUCACAGAGUGGUCAGGAAAGAAGAUACUUCAUUGCCGCUGAAAGAAUUUUGUGGGAUUAUGGACCUGGUGGCUUUGAUAAAUUCACAGGGCAACCUUUAAAUGCUACUGGCAGCGACUCAGCACCUUUCUUCAUACAAGGGGAUGAUAGAAUUGGAGGGCAGUAUUGGAAAGUUCAUUAUGUGUCCUACACCGAUGGAAAGUUUACUCGCAGAAAGAAGCAAGCAGAAGGCGCCACUCACCUUGGCAUACUCGGCCCAGUUAUCAAGGCUGAAGUUGGAGACACAAUUUUGGUUACUUUUGCCAAUAAAGCUGACAAGAACUACAGCAUGAUGCCUCAUGGAGUAGCUUUCGGCAAAUCAUCAGAAGGAGCCCCUUAUGCAGAUGGGCACCAGAAGCCGGGGGCUUAUGUUAAACCCGGCGAGACCUUUAAAUACAAAUGGAGAGUUCCUGAAAGUGUCGGCCCAACGGGCGAUGAUCCACCGUGUCUCACCUACCUGUAUUAUUCAGCAAAUGAUCCUGUAAUGGACACCCAGUCUGGUCUUGUGGGGCCUCUAAUAAUCUGCAAGAAGAAUACUUUGGAACCAGAUGGAACACAGAAAGGAGUGGACAAAGAAUUCUACCUACUGCUUACAGUAUUUGAUGAGAACUUGAGUUUCUAUCUUGACACAAACAUCAAUGCGUUCACUGGUGAUCCUUCCAAGGUUAAUAAGGAAGAUGAGGAUUUCCAGGAAUCCAACAGAAUGCACGCUGUCAAUGGCUAUCUGUUUGGGAACCUGCCCGGACUCACCAUGUGCAAGGAUGACAAGGUUUCUUGGCAUAUGAUUGGACUAGGCACGGAAACAGACAUGCAUGGUGUUCAUUUCCAAGGGAACACCAUUCACUUGGGUGGCACAACCAGGGACACCCUUGCCUUGUUCCCUCACACGUCGGCAACAGCCCUGAUGCAGCCAGACCGAGUAGGGACUUUCCAGCUGGUUUGCAGGACGUUCGAUCACUUUACAGGAGGGAUGAAGGAGCUUUAUGAAGUUAAGCCCUGUGGCAAAACGCCUCACGAUGGGAGGCACUAUGGAACCAUGAGAACAUAUUAUAUUGCUGCCGAGGAAAUGGAGUGGGACUAUGCCCCCGAUAAGAACAGAGCAGAGCAGAGGGCGGAGGCAACAAGCAAAGAGGAAAGUUACGGACAUGUCUUUGUGAGCCAAGGUGAAGGCCUCAUUGGUUCAAAGUACAAGAAGGCGGUUUAUAGAGAAUACAAAAGUGGAGAUUUCGUGGAGCACAAAAGGAGGGGCGCAAAGGAACGACACCUACAAAUUCUAGGGCCCUUGAUCCAUGCAGAAGUUGGCGACUCAAUACUAAUUGUGUUUAAGAACAAAGCUAGUCGGCCAUAUUCAGUAUCGGCACAUGGCGUGGAAGAAACAGCGGCUGGGAAUAAAGCACGCACCACGAUGCCAGGAGAAAUAAACACUUACCGAUGGAACGUCCCAGAAAGGUCAGGACCUGGAGUCUCUGAUCCCAACUGUAUCACUUGGGUUUACUACUCAACGGUGCAUUUUGUAAAGGAUAUGUACAGUGGCUUGAUCGGGCCGCUUAUAAUUUGCAGAAAAGGAGUCUUAAAUGAAAAGGGUUUAAGAACAGACAUUGACCGAGAAUUUGCCCUUCUGUUCCUAGUCUUUGAUGAAAACAGGUCUUGGUAUUUGAAUGAAAACAUUGAGAAAUAUCUACAAGAGGAUCCGAAGGCCUUCAGCCACAGCGAUGACUUUGUGGAAGGGAACAAUAUGCAUGCGAUCAAUGGAAAGAUCUAUGACAAUCUCCAUGGGCUAACGAUGAACGAAGGGGAAAACACCAACUGGUACCUGAUUGGAAUGGGAAAUGAAAUUGACCUUCAUACUGUCCAUUUCCACGGAGAGAGCUUUCUGUUCAAGAAGGAUCACAAUCACAGAGGAGAUGUAUAUGACCUCUUCCCUGGGACGUUUCAGACUGUUGAACUUGUAGCGUUCAAUCCUGGGACAUGGCUUCUGCACUGCCACGUUCACGAUCACAUCCAUGCUGGGAUGGAGACAACUUACACUAUUGCUGAAUCAGGUGGUGCGGGACGUGGAGUCACAACCACAAAAUAUGAUACAUUUACAGUCAAUGGGAAGAAGACUGGAAAAGCAGGUAAAGGCAGAGCAGGAAUAGAAUUCUUGGGGAAAACUCUGGGCCCAGGAGAAGCCAGCUCGGUGCUCAAAGCUCUUUUUAUCACUGGACUUGUUCUAUUGGCAGCUCUCCUGAUCCUUAUUCUCGUUGUUGCUUGCCAGAAGAAAAAGGCCCGUUAUAGAGCCAUAGGUCGCAAAUGCGAUCUUCCAAUGGAGUCCUUCUGAUCUGACUGCACAUGGCUUCAUUGUCUUUGUCAGGAAUGUUGCUGGUGCCUCUUGAGGUGAGAGGAAACGCCAACAUAUAUGGCCGGUUCCAGAUGACCAGUUUAUUUCUCAUUCAUCCUGAUUUGUUCCCACAAAGUUUGUGGGGAGGUUAGUCCGUGUUAGCUAACCAUCCCAUUUCCCUGGUUUUCAGGGAGGUUGUGCACACUUGCAUCAAGCAAGUCAGUCAAUCAAUCAAUCAAUCAAUCAGCUUUAUUUGCAUAGUUGACAGCCAUAGCAACAGAAUACAUGUAAUAUACAAUUAAAAACAACAUGGAUAAAAGGAUCAGUCCUAUGACUAUGAUGAUCGUUUAAAAGAUAGCCCUUAGUCUCAUUGCACCCUCAAUGAAUCUGGCAACUUGUGUUGUUCAAUAGCUAUGAGAGGUGGUGUAAUGAGAUCGAGCCGCAAGUCUUUAUAAAAAGGACAUGACAGAAGGAUGUGAGCCACUGUUUCCGUGUUGCCGAUUCCACAGGGGCAGAGUCGUUUUUCAAGCAAGUUUUUCAAGCAAGUGUUAUCCCACAUUUUACAGUGCAUUUUCUCAUCACUUUCCUAACUGCAAAAAGAUUCAUGUAGGUAGCCGUGUUGGUCUGACGCAGUCAAAAUGUAUUCAAAAAUAAAAAAUAAAUGUCCAGUAGCACCUUAGAAACCAACUAAGUUUGUUCGUGGCAUAAGCUUUCGUGUGCAUGCACACUUCAUCAGAUACACUCAGUAUCUGAUGUAUCUGAGUGUAUCUGAUGAAGUGUGCACAUACACGAAAGCUUAUACCAAGAACAAACUUAGUUGGUCUCUAAGGUGCUUGUUGUUGUUUAGUCGUGUCCGACUCUUCGUGACCCCAUGGACCAGAGCACACCAGGCACUCCUCGUAAGGUGCUACUGGACAAUUUUUAAUUUUUUAAAAAUAUAUUUCAACUAACUGCAAAAAGUCCAGUUUGGGUGGGUAUGGGGGAGAAGGUUUGUUGUUCAGGAAUGCCAAGUCCACUUUCAUCGCACAUCCUGAAUUUGCUGGCAUGUGACUGAACCCCACCCCGAAAUAGUGACCGUCUGGAAGCAUCCAUAUAUAUUACACAGAGCGGAACUACAGCAGCUACUACUACGGUGCAAUAAUUCUGAGCGGACUUGUAGUUGGGAUAAAGCUAGGAAUGAUUUGGGGAACUCCCUUCCCGCCACAUAUAAUUAUUUCAAAGCAGGCCCCAGAACAUCUCAGGUUUGAGUUAGGUCUGAAAGGGAUAUGAAUUGGGCCCUGUGAAGAUGCACACUUGAACCAGAAUCUAGAUGAAUUCUUCAGGCAACUGAAGGACACAUUUGGGAAAUGAAUUGGCUUGGCUGUCUGUUCUGUUUUUAUUUUAUUGUUUAAUAUUAGCUUCAUUUGUCUGGCCGCCCAGUAACUCAUGUUCUCUAGAAAGCUCACAAAGAUGAAAAGGACAAGAUACAAUCUUAACAAUACAAUGUAAAAAAAACAAGCCAUGCAAGUGCUGCUAUCUGCCCGCUACCUAUAUGAAAAUUCACUUAUGUGAAUGUAAAGAAUUGUGUCCUAACUCUUUGGCUAAUUAAACCAUCUAUGGCCUUUUAAACUUGGAGGGGGCAGGGAUAUUGCUUUUGUUUGUUACUGUGUGCUAUGUAUUUUUGUGUUUUUAUAUUGUAAACUGCCCUGUGAUCCUCAGAUGGCAGGCCGUAUAUAAAAAAUAAAAUAAAUUGAGACAUUCUGAGCAAAUAAAAAGGCCUUCCUCUGGUGCCAAAAAGACCGCAAGAAUUGUCCCAGGCGGUCUCCUCCCACAACCAGGGUGCCACCACUGUGAAGGACCUCUCUCUAAAAGCCAACAGCCUCAUCUGGCAGCAGCACUAGGAUCAGGGCCCUUGAUGAGGAUUGUAAGGCUCAAGAAGGUAAGUAUGGGAGAAGGCAGUUGGUUCCAAGGAAUUCGGGACUUUAUUGUUUUAAACCAGAACCUUAAGUUAGAAACUGACUGGGAGCAGCUGGUAAAGCAGUGGCAUAAUGUGAGCAAAGGGAGGGACCCAGCUGGUAAAGCAGUGGCAUAAUGUGAGCAAAGGGAGGGACCCAGGUGGCGCUGCGGGUUAAACCACUGAGCCUAGGGCUUGCUUAUCAGAAGGUCGGCGGUUCGAAUCCCUGUGACGGGGUGAGCUCCCGUUGCUUGGUCCCAGCUCCUGCCAACCUAGCAGUUUGAAAGCACGUCAAAAUGCAAGUAGAUAAAUAGGAACUGCUACAGCGGGAAGGUAAACGGCGUUUCCAUGUGCUGCUCUGGUUUGCCAGAAGCGGCUUAGUCAUGCUGGCCACAUGACCUGGAAGCUAUAUGCCGGCUCCCUCGGCCAAUAAUGCGAGAUGAGCGCGCAACCCCAGAGUCGGUCAUGACUGGACCUAAUGGUCAGGGGUCCCUUCACCUUUACCUUUUAAUAUGAGCAAAAUGCCCAGUUCUAGUUAAUAGUCUCGCCACCCUGUUCUGGACCAGGUACAGUUUCCAGACCAUUUUAAAGGGAACUCCGCAUACAGUGCAUUGCAGCGGUUUAAGCAAGAGGCUACGAAAGAUGCAUAAGAAUAACGGUGGCCAAGCUUACCUCCACCCAAGUACAGUCUCAGCUGGUGCAUCAGCAGAUGCUGGUGAAAUGUGCUUUGAGCCACAGAGGGCACUUGAACCACUAAUGAUGGCGCUGGAUCAAGAGGCAGACCCAGACCAGAUCCUUUAGGGGGAAUGCACCCGCAUCCAGAACUACGUGCUGCUUGGAUUGUGUCUCAGUUCAUUCGCCUUCAUCCAGUCCAUUGGGGCACCUACAGCCUUACCUGCCUCUGGCAAAAUGAAUGUCAAAUACAGUACACUAUAUGGAUGGUGUCUCCAAGCGGUUUCAUGUUGGUGUCAAAGCAAAACUAUCAAGGGCCAAGAACAAGUUCACCCAGCACCAGUUUGGGGGAUUUACUAUCCAAAUAGGAGCAACGCCAUUGCAAAUCAGUGCCUUUAAACAUCCAACUUGACAGCCUAUGCAGAGAGAGAUCAUGGGUCAAUGGGGGUAAAAGAUCCAGGAGAAUUAAUAGAGUCACACACACACACACCCCUGUACUGAGCUCCGUAUUUACUUCAGACUAGCCUAGGGAGCUCAGUUGACUAGAGCUUGGCACUGAUAAUGCCAAGGUUGCAAGUUCAAUCCCUUUACAUUAUGUGACAGCUGCACAGUCCAUCAUUGCAGGGGGUUUGAUCCUCAGGGUCCCUUCCAACUCUACGAUUCUAUUCAAUAAUACAUGGAUGGAUGUUUUUCCAAGCUUAUUCAUUGUAUUGAGCGAACUGAGGGAUGAUAGUCAGUGUCUAGUAGACAAUACGGUGUUGGACUUGGACCAGAAAGUUUUCCCUCUCAUGCCAAAAAAUGUAACAUUUUAAUAUGUAACUCUGUAUUUUUGUAAUACAUAUUGUUUAAGUUGUCUGUUGUUGCUUCAGGGUUUUUUUUGGGGGGGCACCGCUUAGAGAUAUUUUAAAUAUAUGAAGCGGUACAGAAAUUAAAAAAUAAAGUUCAUUGGUAGCCUCUUGGGCAAGCUGUUUGCUGUCUUUUACUUCACUGAACUAUUGCGUGUAU